CAGAAUGCAUGUUCCAGCAACCCCUGCUUCUUCAAAGCAACCUGUUUAAGUGGUUUCACUAACAAAGGUUAUCGCUGCCUUUGUCCUCCUGGUAGAGCUGGCGAUCAAUGUGAAAAAGGUAAGGGCUGAAUUAGCAAUUGCAUAUAAUUUUAACACCUUACAGUCUUGCAUUGCCAGAUGUUUCGAUCUUCCCAAAACUAAGUCGUCAAAAUAUAUAAUGUUGAAUUAUGAAUGCUGCUGAGCACACGAACUGACUAUGUUUUAAUGGUAUUAUGUUGAUGGAAAAGACAUUGAUGAAUUUUUAAAAUUUCUUGUCUUGAUUUCCUCUUGAUUUUCUUUGACGUAGCGCAGAUACCGCUUUCAGAGGCGGAGCCAGGCCUUCAGAUAAGGGGAAGGGGAGGGUGGGCGGUCAUCCAGGCCCUGAGAUAAGGGGGGCUCAGUUUGGUCUAAUAAUCAGGGAGGGGGGGCGGGUCCCUCACCUGGAUCCGCCACUGGAUUUUAACCAUAGUCAGGUGUCCUCUCUUUCAGAAAACUGGAAAAAGGUCAAUAAUGAUCGCGUCUGUUUUGGAGCUCGAGGUGAUUCAUACGGGGCUUUCAAUAUCAUAGAAAGCGGAUUAAUCUACACGUUUAAACUCGCUCACUUGAACGGCAACAUACGCUGUUCAGAAGACGUAGCUGCAUCGCAUUGGGGAUGUACCCACGAAUCAUAUGGGGACAAGCAGUUGGGAACCAUCAUAACGUUCAAGAACAAGACAGCCCUGCAACUGGCAGAAUACCGAGGAGAUGGUAUUGGUUGUGCAUACUAUUCAUAUAAGCUUGACGGUGUCGGUGUUAACGCUCCUAUACUCGCAUUUAACAACAUGUCAUCUCCACUGGCCGUGUCUGCGGGACAAGAAUUCCGAAUAUGGUUUGGAGGGGACUUGCACAACUGUGGGGAGAGCAAUAACAGCGGGCAGACGUGUGUUGAUGUUUUUGCGUGGUAUGCGUGA